ACUCUCGACACCCGAAUCACCAGGAUCUCGACGGGAUGGACAACAUCUACCACCAACAAGGCACCCGGGCAACGGUCAUGGAGUUGGAUCCGAUGACCCAGUUCAUCCGCAGCAUCUACAGCCAGGGCCUGAUCAUCAUCUUCGCGACGGUGGGCGCCUGGCUGCUCCUCCUUGUGACCAAUGUGCAUCUGCACAGGUACCUGCCCUUUCCCGUCUACGUGCUGGCCAUCACCAUCUUCCUGACGAUGGUUGCGAUGCACUGCAUCCCCAAGAUAGCCUACAGUUCGCCCUGGAAGUGGAUAAUGGUGAGUCUGGUGGUGCUGUGCACCACUGUCCUUGGCUGUAGUAUCAUUGAUAAGUUGAGCACGCUGACCAUAAGCCUGGUGAUGUUCGGCGUGGCCCUCAUCAUCCUGGUGCUCAACUUUUCGGGGGCCAAGUGUCCGCUGGAGUUCCUGCCCGGCGGCGUUUUCUCCACGCUGCUGAUGCUGGCCCUCCUAUUGGUACUGAUCGCCGUGGGCAUUGCCCAGCUCUUCACGGGGAACGUGGAGCUGCUCGACGCCUUCGUCUCCAUCCUGUUCAUCAUGGUGGUCAUAGGCAUUCCCAUUCAGGCACAGUUCAAUCACGGCCGCUUGGACAUCGUGGAGGUGAUGCCGCGGGAGCACCUCAUUAUCUGCACUCUGACCUUGUAUCUGCACACCAUGAUGUUCUUCUGUUGCGUCUGCUACUUCGUGCUGGUGACUGAGCGGAAGGCCUCCACCGAGCCCACAACGGUGACCGAAACCGAUAGGCAACUCUAACUCUAUGAUUGAGGAACUCUAGCUUCUUCGGCGGACUGCCUUAAUCAAUCCGAUGCUUAUCGCGCGGCAGAUCUCAAGGACUCUAAAGGCCAGGAUCGAAAAUGACGAGGCGAUCUUGACAUUCCGUCUGGGUAUGGAAGCACUUUGAAGCCCUUCCCUGGUCAACUAGACUAUUAACGCUACAUAGAAUGCAAACUGCACUUAUUUGAUUUAAUAAAAAUAUCAA